GUGUCAUGAAAUCCUUUAGUAUGAGCCAAAAACCCCUUCUGACUUUUGCAUGAAUCACUCUCUUAGCUCCAAGUGACACUGACCGUUCAUUUGAUCCCUCCCAGAACCUUAUACCUGUGGGAGCAACCAAACUUUUGAAUUCUCCUGAAACCUUGCCAGAAAUGACAAGUGAAGAAGUGACAUAUGCAGACCUGAGGUUCACAACACUGGAAAAAUCCCAGGACCAGGAGCUCCAGACUGCCAGAGCAAAAGAUUCCCCCAGUCCAUCUUCCUGUUGGAGGCUGGCUACAGCGACGCUUGGGAUCUUCUGCCUAAGUUCAGUGGUAGCUGCAGGAGUCUUGGCUACCAGGUUCAUCCUGGUCAGCCACCUUGUGCAUGAAAGGGAUGAAAACUUCACCCUGCAAAAGGCAAUUAUGGAAAGCCUCAACCAGCAGCUGGAGCUCCUCCAGGCUCAGAAUUUGAACUUGACAGAGACUGUAAAGCAACUUGCCACCUCCAGAGGACAUAAAUGUAUUCCUUGUCCUGAGGACUGGCUACAGUAUGGGGAGAACUGCUACCACUUUUUGAAGGAAUGGAAAACUUGGCAAGAAAGCAAGGAUCAAUGCUCUACUCUGGAGUCCAGGCUUCUUAAGAUAGAGAGUAAGGAAGAGCUGGACUUCACAAUACGAUCAGCACGGUUUUACGGUUCUAACUCUUUCUGGAUUGGGCUGUCCCACAACGGAUCCGAGGGGCCCUGGCUGUGGGAGGAUGGAUCAGCUUUCUCCCCUGAUCUGUUUCAGAUCCAAGGAGACAGCUCAAGUCCUUUCCUAGAUUGUGUGUUUCUUCAAGGUGCAAAUAUAGACACUGCAUGGUGUGGCACGUACAAAUUUUACAUUUGUGAGAAAGUGGUGGAUCCUGCGGUGGUCGAGAAAGUGAGCUACUCAGAGAGGCACUAGUGUGAAGAGCUCUGCAGAGAGCCCCGUCCUGGGAUACGCUGUUGUGGGGGCGAGUUCUGCCCCAGGGUUUGCAAUAGGGAAGACAAGUCUGAGCUUAGGUUAAUGUAACAUAAGGGUUAAUCUAAGCUUAACUUGCCUGCUGGUGAUGCACAUCAGCCAGACUCCUUUUUGGGCUUUUUCUUCAACAAUUUCAUUCCCUCUUUCUUCUUUCAGUCCUUGCAUUCUUGUGUAACCACUUCUAUCCACUUCUCAUAAAUUCCUUUCUAAAUGAACCAUAAUUAAGUAUAUGAUUCCAGGACUCUAUUUUAAAGAUUCAUACCUGUCUCCCAGAAACAGGAAUCAAUGACCAUUUGUAAGAGCAACACAUCAUGUUUUCAAAAUCCAUCCACUGGGUAUUCACAGAUGUAAGCUCCCAAUUUACAAUAAAUUUCCAAAUAUUUGAUUUAAUUUCACUCCUGACAUACUGAAAACUAGAAAGUACAACAGAAUCAGAGCCUGCAUUAAAAGACAAAUAAAAAUAUUUAUAGUUCUUCUGGUUAGAGAGAAAAGCUUUCAAAUGGGAUUGUAUGCCCUGUGGGCUCAAAAAACAGAAGGUAAAGAUGGAACACAUAUUUAUUGAGGAAAGUCAGCAGUAUUUAAUGCCCAGGAAUGCCAGUCCAGCUGCUAGUGGAUUGUUCUGCUGCAUCGAGCGUUAGAGGGGAAGGCGCAUUCCUCUAAGAUAUCUGUCUUGAUAAUUAUCCAUGUCACAUCUGAUCCAGUUCUUUGAUUUCUCAAAUCCAUUUUCCAUUCUGUUGCAGAAUUUCACAGCGAAUAAAUAUUGCUGCUACUGACCUUUUCUGUAGCGUGUCUUUUUAGUAAGUCACUGUGCACAGCAGGCUCAACAACCAUCAAGUACAGGGCCUUUAAUGAUGCAAAGCCUCCUGCCACUUUGCUGCUGUUUAGGAGGCUGUUCAAAAAGAAGACUGCGUCAAAGAGAGCAUCUCUUUUCUAUGGCACUAGCAAACAAUAGAGAUCUUUGAAAUCUCUCAGGAGCAGUCACGUUUAUCUUUAGGACUUUUGUUCCUGUGUGUAUUUGUACUAAUUUGAGCCGUUCAAUGAAAACUGAACUGUAAGUCAGGGAAGGUGGAGGUAUUUAGGCAAGCCUCUAAUUAUGUUUAUUUUAGACAUAAAGCUGUGCAUCAGAAGUCUGCAGUAGCAACAGCCAACAAGUGUGCUGCAUCCCUCACUAAAUGAGUGUUUAGCAAUAUGGCAAUUAUCUUAAUUAUGGAUAUGAAGAAGUAAUUUGGAGGAGCAGGGACAACAGAGAGCGUCUUGUCACACAGCUAUCUCAUAGUCUGGAAAUACUGCAUUUUCUAAGUCUAAGCACGUGGCCUCAGCAGCCAUGGAGAUACUACCUGGGAUCCCAGCUCUGACUGACCUACAGUGGAUGCAGGUACGAUGUGAAUGAUGGGAGGGGUAACUCAUCCAGAGCUGUUGUUCUAACACGUGCGGGACACAGUG